AAACCCUAAAACCCUUCACUCUCAACACCUCUAUAUAAUCUUUCGCAAUCCGUGUUAGCAAAGCCGCCCCGGCCAUCCCAAACCCCUAAGUUUCCAGAGGUAAGAAGAAGAAGAAGAAGAAGAAGAAGAAGAAGAAGGAUAAGAAGAAAUGGCGGUGCCGCUUCUAAGUAAGAAGAUCGUGAAGAAGAGGGUCAAGAAGUUCAAGAGACCCCAGAGCGACCGCAAAAUCUCCGUCAAGACAAACUGGCGUAGACCAAAGGGUAUUGAUUCCCGUGUAAGAAGAAAGUUCAAGGGAUGCACUUUGAUGCCCAACAUUGGUUAUGGUUCAGACAAGAAGACUCGUCACUAUCUUCCUAAUGGCUUUAAGAAAUUUGUUGUGCACAACAUCAAAGAGCUUGAACUGUUGAUGAUGCACAACAGGACAUACUGUGCUGAGAUUGCCCAUGAUGUUUCCACAAGGAAGAGAAAAGAGAUUGUUGAAAGAGCAGCUCAACUUGAUGUUGUUGUCACUAACAAGCUUGCCAGGUUGCGCAGCCAGGAGGAUGAAUAAGCCAUUGUAGUAAUUAUGUUUAGUAAUGAGCUUUCUUUGUUUAACUUUCUUAUUAAUUUUGGAUAUUUUGUGUUCUAGACAAAUCACAUUACAAUUUUGCUUAUGAUAUUUUCUUUUUGUUAAAAAUACUUGCUAAGUAUUAAUGUGAAGUUGUGGGUCAUCACCCUUUUCUGUUUGUCUUAUAACUAGGGGGCUUGGCACCUCAAUGAGGCUGGCUUUUAUAACUGAUACUUGCGCCCUAUUGUGUUGUGUAUAUGAAUUUAGGGGCGCUCAAUGACAAGUUAUCGGAAAGCUUUAAUCCCA